AUGGCUCACAAGUUCCUCUGCUCCCUGCUCCUGAUCGCAGCCAUGUCUGCCGUUUCUCUGGCGGAGCCUACUAGGUUCCGUGGCCGAUCAGCACGCCUGCAGUUUGCCCGUCAGGAGCAGGCUCCAGAGGAUCAGGCUGCUCCGGCCGACCCCGCCGUGGAUAUUGUACCCACUCCAGCCUCGGCCCCUUAUCCGCCAUCAGGAGUUACACCGGAGGUGCCUUUCGACCUUCCCACGGAAACCGAAGCGCAGCCUGAUCUAACCUACGGACCACCAGCUCAGCCCGACAACACCUACGGACCUCCGGAUAAUACCUAUGGACCUCCUGCCGAACCGGAAAACACCUAUGGACCUCCAGCCGAUGGCCCAUCGGACCAGCCCCCUGUUGCGGAUCCCGUACCCGCCGGUUUGAUCCAGCCUCGUAACGAACGCCUCCGCAGCCGUCGUCCGACCUCGCAGAAGCUUCGAUCCGCUCAGACCAUUCGCUCUGGAUCCGUGCUGGUGUACACCAUCUGAAAGGGGCAACCCUAAUUUGCUAGAAAUUAAAUGGUAUCGACACAUUAGGAUAUGCAUUUAAUGCUUUGUUGCUAAAUAAAUUGUUGUUAAAUAUUUUCAUUUAAAUAAGUGAAUAAUUGACUAAAUAUAUAAGUU